AUGGCUGAUGUGACACCAUCUUCACGUUUUAAAUCGGCUGAAGUUGGUGAAAACGUGACUUUGGACUGUUUCAAUGAAGAUGAGUCUACAAUGAUGCUAUACUGGUACAAACGGAUUCUUGGACAGACACCAAAGCUCAUGUGUAAGUUCUACAAGCAUGACAGCCCUGAUAAAAAUGGGUGCAAACUGAGUGAUGAAUUUAAGAAUGAUAUGCGCUUUAAACCGGAAAUUACCACAGGUAGAAAUCAUUUGAAGAUCUCAGACGUGCAAAUUUCAGACUCAGCAAAUUACUUCUGCAUAACAGGCUUUUUAUACACGUAUGAGUUUAUGGAGGGCAUCACUCUCCGUGUGAAAAGUUCAGGGUCUAACAUCCAGGCUGUGGUACAUCAGUCUGAGAGCAUCCAGCCAGGAGGCUCAGUGACUCUCAGCUGUACAGUUCACACUGGGACCUGUGAUGGAGAACACAGUGUUUACUGGGUCAAGAACUCUGAAGAACCUCAGCCAGGACUCAUUUACACCCACGGAGACAGAAACCAUCAGUGUGAGAGGAAACCCGACACACAGACACACACCUGUGUCUACAACUUGUCAAUGGAGAGACUGAACUGUUCUCAUGCUGGGACCUACUACUGUGCUGUCGCUGCAUGUGGACACAUUGUGUUUGGAGACGGGACCAAGCUGGAGUUUGAUGAUGAGGUGGACUGGCUGGUGGUUUUCUUGAGUGCAACUUCAGCAUUCACCACCCUGCUAGAUGAGCAGAAUGAAGACGACCCCUGCUACAUUGCUCACAGGGAGAUACAGAUAAACAGAUCCAGAGGACAGAGGGAUGAUACCUGGAGUGAAUGUGUGUACUUGAGUGUGAGGCAGUAGAGCUGGACA